AUGGAUAUGGACGUGUGUGAACCUUCGUCCAGCGGGACUGAUGUCGCUGAGGUGAAAGCUACUAUAAGUAUAACGUCAGACAGGUUGUUGGUGCAGCCUAGCGACAGUGUGAGCUCUCAGUUGAACAGCGUGACCACUGUACACCGGCGCGCGCCCACAGAUCUUGUGGAACUUGCGCAGGAGGUCAAUCAAGCCAACAGGUUCGUAAGAGCUACUGCGCAUAGUAAGCUGCAGCAGAUUGCUGACCAGAUCAGGUUCCUGCAGGAGCAGGCCAAACAGGUCCUGGAGGCGGCUGUACACGAUGGGGAGCUUCACAACGCCAAGUGUAACUUCAAGAAACGACCUGGCACAGUGUACCACCUCUAUAGGAAAGCGCCUGGUUCAACAUUCGUUUCAAUGUUGUCACCUGAAGAAUGGAGUUCAUGCCCACAUGAGUUCCUGGGAUCAUACAAAUUAGAGUUUGACAUGUCAUGGACACCCAUUGAACAAAUGGAGCAACGGGCUAAAGACAUGGCCCUCAUCGACCGACUGCUCUCGGAGAAGACCAAUUUGCCGGCGUUAGCAAGCAACUGA